CUGAAACCUUCCGUGUCGGUUGGGCUUCUCAUUCGAGAUAAAGAAGAGGCAAGUGCAUCCAGCAGCCCCAGGAUUGUCGCGACGAUGGCUGAUGCGCAGGUAAAGAAGCUCUCGGAUGAGAUCGAACGCUUGGAGUUGGACCUCAAGGCCCUCGAAGCCGCCAUCACCACGUCGGAAGCGGCCAAGAAAGUCUCCGAGUACUGCAACACGACCCCCGAUCCAUUCUUGGGCGACAACGAGUCGCCAAAUGUAUGGCAAGCGGCAGCCCAAGGCGGCGGUGGAUGUGUGAUACAAUAGCAAGCGCGAGGCACGAGUGCGCGGUCCGUUCAUCCUUCGAAACGUCCUACCCACGACGGCACCACCCCUGCUGCUCGGCAUGUAUCCUCUUGUGUGCGACGCCUCCACCCUUGCACGUGUCCACCCCUUUAUAAAUUAACGUGUGUUCCCAUCCAUCAUCCCCU